AUGGUGGCGAUAAAGGGGACAAGAAGAAGUGUAAGGACUGCAAGGAUUGCAAGAAGUGUAAGGAAUGUAAGAACUGCAAGAAGUGUAAAGAUUGUUCACAUUGCAAAGACUGCAAGAAGUACGAUAACUGCAAGGACUGUUAUGACUGCAAGGAUUGUAAAGACUGCAACGACUAUAAAGAUGACAAAGACUGCAAAAAGUGCAAGGACGACAAAGACUGCUGGAAAUGCAAAGAAUGCCAGAAAUGCAAGGAUUGUUCAUACUGCAAAGACUGCAAAGACGGCAAGGAUUGUAAGGACUGCAAAGACUAUUACGAUGACAAGGAUUGCAAAAAGUGCAAGGAUGACAAAGAUUGUAAGAAAUGCAAAGACUGCCAAAGCUGCAAGGAUUACUCAUACUGCAAAGAUUGUAAAGACUGCAAAGAUUGUAAAGACUGCAAAGACUAUAACGAUGACAAAGAUUGCAAGAAAUGCAAAGACUGCAAAAACUGCAAGGACUGCUCAUACUGCAAAGACUGUCAAAACUGUAAGGAUUGUAAAGACUGUGAAUACUAUAAGGACGACAAAGAAUGCAAAAAGUGCAAGGACGACAAAGACUGCGAGAAAUGCAAACAAUGCCAAAGCUGCAAGGAUUGUUCAUACUGCAAAGACUGCAAAGAUUGCAAGGAUUGUAAUGACUGCAAAGACUACAAAGACGACAAAGAUUGCAAGAAAUGCGAAGAUUGCCAGAAAUGCAAAGACUGUUCAUACUGCAAAGACUGCUAUGACUACAAAGAUUGUAAGGACUGCAAGGACUGCAAAGACUGCAAGGACUGUAAGGAAUGCAAAGACUGCCAUAAAUGCAAGGAUUGCAAAGACUGCGACGACUAUAAAGACGAUAAGGACUGCAAAAAAUGUAAGGACGACAAAGACUGCAAGAAAUGCAAUGAAUGCAAAAACUGCAAGGACUGUUCAUACUGCAAAGACUGUGGAGACUGUGGAGAAUGUGAAGAUUGCAAGGACUGUGAAGACUGCAAAGACUGCGAGGACUGCAAAGACGAUAAAAAAUGUUAUGACGAUAAAUGCGAGCAUGGAAAUUGAGUCACCAGUGUGUACGUCACCGGUGACUACAAGGAUGUUGUUCGAAAUGCGGCACUGUGACUGUGUUAACAAGAUUCUUGGGUUGAUUUCGAUGUACUAUUAUAUAAUGAUGCACUACAAUAAAUCAGUGUGA